AUGGAGCCCACCGUCACCAACGACUGACAUCCAAUCCCGCGUCCGCAACCGCAGCUACCGAACGGCCACCUACCGUCUUCUACCUGCCUGAUUUACUCCGACCUUAUCCUGGUUUGAUCUUGCAUUUCAUCCUCCUGCUCCAGAAUCCCAACAUAUUCCUCUCUUCUCCUACAACAUCUCUCCCACUUCCUCCUCCUUCUCUGCAUCCGCGAGCCGUUCCUGAGCUCUUAACGUUGCAGCAUUCAUCGUCGCAUCACGACACCUAACACGAUUACUUCAUAUCCAGCACCCGCUUCCAUCGAUCAUACCCACGCACCAGACGAGGUCAUGGCCGACAACACAGAGGGCACCGGUGAUGCCCAGGUCACCUUCAAGGUGAAGACGGGACAGGAUAGCAAUCAUACCAUCACCAUGCCCGAGUCCGCCUCCGUAUUGGACCUCAAGACCAAAUUAGCCGGCCAAGACUUUGAGAACGUCCCCGUCGAGCGCCAGCGCCUCAUCUACUCUGGCCGCGUCAUGAAAAACGACGACACCCUAGGCACCUACAAGAUCAAGCCCAACAACACCAUUCACAUGGUUAAGAGCGCCGCCAGCAACCCGGCGCCUCAACCAGCCGCUACAGCCUCAACACCCGCUGCCCCUGCCGUGCCUUCCAACAUGGCUGCCGGCACCGCGAACAAUAUCCUCGCUGGCCUGACUGGAGCCAGAUACGCCGGCCACAUCAAUCUGCCCAGUCGCGAGACUUUUGGGGCCGACGGAGGCAUGGGUGCCCCGCCAUCCGACGACCAGCUGGCCCAGAUGCUUUCCGAUCCCUCCAUGCUCCAGACCAUGAACGCCGCUCUCGACAACCCAGACUUCAUCAACUACAUGAUCCAGAGCAACCCCCACUUGCGCAACGUGCCCAAUGCUCGAGAGAUCAUUCAGUCGCCUUUCAUGCGCCAAAUGAUGACCAACCCGGACAUGCUCCGCAAUGUCAUGAGAAUGCAGCGCAAUAUGGCCGGAGGAGGUGGCAACGCCGCGUUCCCGGCGCCUGGCACAACCGACACCACACCUGCUGAGGCUGCAGCAGCUGGUGCCAACACCAACAACGCAGCUCCCUUCGGCUUCCCUGGAGGUCUCCCAGGUAUGCCGGGUCUCGGCGGUAUGGAGGGGCUUGGCGACCUCGGUGCGCUGUUUGGUCCUGGCAGCCCCUUUGCGCCUCAGCAACCCGGAGCCACCCCUGGUGCCGCCGCGGCAACCGGGAGCAACGCGCAGGCUCCGGCAGGUGCAGGUGCUACUGGGACGACGGGAGCGGCGACGGGGGAGCAGGGCGCGAAUGCUACAUCAAGCCCGCCUCCGGCCAACCCUUUUGCUGCACUCUUCGCUCCGCCUCCUUAUGCGGCCCAGGGCCAGAACGCUGCCCAGGGUCAAGGCCAGGUCCCAACAAACCCCUUUGGUUCUCCUUUCGGCCAGAUCAACCCCGAGAUGAUGCAGCAGAUGAUGAACAUGUGGGGUCUCGGCCAAGGCGGCGCUGCCGGUGGAGGCUCUCCCGCCCCCCCGGACAACCGCCCUCCCGAAGAACGUUAUGCUGAGCAACUGCGCCAGCUCAACGACAUGGGCUUUUUCGAUUUUGAUAGAAACGUGGCGGCCCUGCGCCGCAGUGGUGGAAGCGUGCAAGGCGCUAUUGAGCAUCUUCUUAGCGGCUGAUUAUGGUUUUCGAUGCAUGAUACGAGAGACUCAUGACACGAGACACGGAGAGGGAGAUGAUUUGCGUCUUUGUGGUGAGAGGGCGCGUGAUUAAUAGCUGAUGAACUGAUCGGGGAAGAAGCACAUACCACACUUAGUUUGCCUGGAACUUUGGUUCUGGCGGUUUUCGAGACAAUAGGAAAAUUGACCAGUCAUGAUGUUAUGACACAUCUUACAUUGAGUCGCUUUAGGGUGUUUUUAUCUGAUGAGCAGACUCGUGUGUUUCAACCUUGCUACUGAGUAUUCAGUCUACAAAC